AUGGCGUCUACCAGAAAGUCUUCACGAGUCCGUACUGUCUCCGGCUUUAGUCCAGCCAAAAGAAAAAGACCAGAAAGUCCAUCAUUUCCUUUACCUGCCCCUGUUGCCUUAUCCAUAACAGUGGAAAAAGAUGUGUCAGCUGCUGUGGAGUCAGUCUCAAACCAGGAAACUUUGACAGUUCCUGGAGGUAAUACUGAAUGCAUAGCUGAAGAUACCCCAGUGGAGAAAGUUUCGGCAGCCAUAUUUAAAGAUCCAAAUUUUGUUCAUUCAAGCAUUGGUGCAGCAGGAUCCAAAAGAACAAGAGUCUGGAAGAAUCUAAAACAAAUAGUGGCGACAGAGAGAUCAUUACCUUGGCAGUGCUCAGAUGUUACAUAUAGCUUAAUCGAUGCCCCACCUUCAUUUAAGCCAGCCAGAAAGUACUCAGACCUUUCAGGUCUCUCGGCAAAGUACACAGACCCUCAGACAAAAAUCAGAUUUGCAGAUGCUGAGGAAUUCAGUCGGGUACGCAUGCUGCCCAGUGAUCUUGUAACUGGUUAUUUUGGCCUUGAGAAAGGCAUCGGCUCCUGUGCCUUGAGUCUGAAGGAAUUGAUAUGAUCGUUUAUCUGAGCAGCAGUGGAAUUCAUUUUUUUGCCAACAUGGACAUUGUUCCAGUAUACACAGACAAUGCAUUCAAGACUUUUUUUGAUGCAAGGACUGGGCAAGGGAAAAGUGAAGACCAUUGAACUGGAUACAGCUGAAGUUAAAUGUUUCGCUAACAGUGCCUGCUAGAGGAUGGCUAGAGGUGUGUGGGUGUCUGUUUAAGUAGGUUAAGCUUACCGUCAUCUUGGAUACAGUUCUAGGCAGAACUGAGAGUCAGCUUUCAGAUGGUGGUUUUCUUGAAUGGUGUGGUCACACCAAGUUUACAUGCUUGGGUUCUGAUUUUACUGCGAGAAUGACUAUGAAGAGCAAGGUAACUGGAGUAUAGUUAUAUAUCGUUGUAAAUUUUAUAGAAAAUUUGCUUAGAUAUAUAAAUAAGUGUGUGUGGUUGAGCAUGAUGUUGAUAAACAUUGAAGUGGAAGAAUAAAACUUGAGAUU